AUGUCAUUGAGGAGGAUGUCAAGAUAUCAGACUAAUACUGUACGUGUUGAACAAGUUAAUGUAAGGGGAAUAUUAUUGAAUUAUAAAGACUUUCAUGGAGAAAGUGAAGAGCAAAGACUUUCACGGAGAAAGUGA